AUUCAUAAUUGCGUAAUACAGCGAUCUCAUUCGCAACACGGCUGGAUCAGGAUUGAGAAUCCAUUUAACAUUUUAAGUUACAAGUUCCACCAGAAAAUACUUCGUGAAUAAUAUGGAUGGAGAACAGUUGGCCCCACAGAAAGCGAUCAUGCCCAACUUCUUGGAUUUUCCAGUGGAAUUAAUAAUAGCAGUACUGGACUAUCUUCCAGUCAGAGACUUGAAUCGAAUGUGUGAGACCUGUAGACGCAUGAGGGAGGUCUGCAGUCGGCUUCUUAUCUGGAGAAGACUAGGAAAGAGCUAUGUACACUUUGAGAAUUCUUCAGGUCGAGAAUUGAUUACAAAUAUGGAAAGUUUAUCGUUAAGGGAGCAGUGCAGAAUAGCACACAAUUGGAGCACAGGGUUUCAUACGGAACAUAUUUAUAUAAGAUUUAAAACUGGCUUGUUGCCAUGGUUACAGCUGACUACUGAUCAUCUCUACAUUAGUAAUAUGAAUAAGAUCAGCAGAUACAAGGUACAAUCAGGAGGCAGAUUGCGCUCCUUACAAAGCAGCAAGAAAGAAAUCAAGUACACUGGCCAUUCUCAAGACGUCAAUAAAUUUGUGGUUAAGGAGAAUAAUGUUGUCGGUGGAGGAAGUGAUGGUCGAGCAAUUGUGUGGGACAAGGCAAGUGGAAGAACAAUACAAGCCCUGCAGUCUAAUUUCGGCAGCCUAGUUAGCAUUGAUGCUACCAGGGAGAUCAUUGUUGCUGGUACCAAUGGUGGAGGGGUGCAGAUGUGGAGCCAAUCGGAUGGUAGAGGGGUGUGCAAUGUACCCAUGAAAGAUCGGGUGUGGUCUCUCAUAGUAGAUCCUACACAAAGGUUAUUUGCCACAGGCACAUCAGGAAUCACUGACUAUACAUCACUCAAAGUCUGGGACAUUGCAACGAGUGAAAACACACCCAUGUUAGUAUGUGGAGAAAACAAGAGGCAAGGGGAAGGUAUUCUGGAUCUCAUUUUCGAGUCUUCUAAUGUGCUCCUAUCGGCUGGAUAUGAUACCUUUGUCAGACAAUGGGAUAUACGUACUCCAAGAUUGCCGGUAAUGGAGUUUGAAGAACCAAGUGACAAUGCAGUCUAUUGUAUCUCAUCUGAUAAUAACUACUUCAUUGCUGCUGGAUACUGUCGUCAUGGUAUUGUUCGAUUCUGGGAUAAACGAAGGAGCGAUAUAUGUUUCCAAACAAUAUAUGUGGGAGGGAACGUCAAGUCACCUGUGUACAGUCUUCAGUUCAACAAACAUUGUCUCUAUGCGGCCUUGUCUCAUGCAGUCUAUGUGCUUGACUUUGGUGCUUACAAACCAGAACAUGAGAACUAUAUCAGCCCACUUGAACCUUUAACAUUGCUAUCACAGUAUUGAGAGAUUACCAAGAGAAAAUGUUCAGAGCAGUAGCGGUCCUUCGUGAUUUAGGUGUCACAGAAUUGCAUAUUUACCUGGUCGUCAUACUUGAUAGUGCAUUGCUACAGUGACUACAAAAACCUUACAAGAGGACUUUGCCAGCCCACCUGACCCAAUAACACUUCUAUUUCAGUAAUGGGAGUUUAUCAAAAAGAAAAUUCAGAGUCAUGACUGGGGGACCUGUGUAAUCUUGAUGGUCAUCAUACUUGGGUCUUGCUUGACUGUGGUGCCUACAACUCAAAGGCAGGACAAUGCUGAGAGAUUAUCAAAAGAAACUUUUCAGAGCAGGGAAAUAUGCCGUCUGGGGACCUGUGUAAUACUUUUGUCACAGGAGUGAUUUAACUGGAUAUUCAGCUAUUUAUCACCCGAGAUAUAUUUGACGUUGAUGUACGUGUCAGAACUAUCAUCAUGACAUUGCAGAGAGAUUACGAAAAGAAACUGUUUAGAGCAGUGAGAUAUACUGUUGAGGGACUUGUGUAAUAUUGUUUUCUUAGAAGUACUACUGCAUUUUUAUCUGGUUAUCACACUUCAUAGUGCUGUGCUUUGCUGCUUACGAUGUAUUUUGAAAUGGCUGUCCAUCAUUGUGACAAUGUUUAAGGAUCAUGAAGCAAUGUAUAAAACUUUAAAAGCAGUCAGAUGUAAUAUUGGUUCCAUGACAUUUGCUCCGGCGACAAUUGCUCUGCUAUAAAUUCCACACAGUAAUGGAAUGACCAACUUCAACCCUUGAUUUAACACUAUACCCUAUCCUAACCCUAACAUAAAACCCUAUUUCAACUGUAUAAGUGAUAACCCUAUAUAACCUUAUAUCUUAGACAAAAUAAAGCCCAGAGUAGUUGUCGCCGGAGCAAAUGUCGUGUCACAAUGAUAUAUUGGGGGACUUCUGUUUGUACUUCAACUGAAUAUUGGCCUCUUUGUCACACUUAAAUGUCAACUUAUGAAUUGAGAUGUGUCUUAUUAUCAAAUUGCUGUCCAUCAUUGUCCAACAUUAAUAUCAAAUAAAGAUGAUAAUUAUGAGUGAGAAUUGGGAAAAUUCUGCAUGGAUAUACUUGACUAUGUAUUUAAAUACAUAAGUAAGUAAAACCAAGAUAAAUGUAACAAAUGACAAGAUAAACAAUAAAGAUAUAGAGAAUCAUAGAAGCCUAAUAUUGCUACAAAGGGCAUUGCAGCAAAACUGUCAUUUUAUUGAAAAUUCUCGAGGUAGAUUGUCAGAUUAAUUUUAAACAAAUUGAGAGGUGGUGGAUUUCUAAUUGAGAUAGGAAAACCAAGUUGUUAUUCCAAGUUGUGUGAUACAUAAAUUUGUUAUGAAAUAAGAAGAAAAUUAUUAUAUGAGUUUAUACAGAUAAAUUGCAAUACACUGUAUAUUGAUAAUACUAAUAUAUAGCAUUUAUGAGGCGCCAAUUAUCUAGUUGCCUAUUCAAUGGCGCAAUAUUUAUUACCCCAGCUGUAGCUCCAGCUGCUAAAGGAGCUUGGUGCAUUCAAGGAAUUAAUCAUGCCGGGUACGUCCCUCAGAUUGAAAGACGAGAUUCGUAACCACUAAGACCAGGACGCUCCCCAAAGUUAUACAUUGACUUUGUGAGGAAUAUUAAAUAAGAAGAUGGAAUACAAUUGUUUAUUUUUUUCUUCUUUUUUGUUCUGUUCAUCUUGGUUUAAGGUGCUCAGCUGAGCAAGGAGUUUCACUCAUUUGCGCAUGCUCGAGGCAGCGUAUAUCCAGCUGACAGACCCGAUUCUGUGCCGCCAGAAGGAGUUCGUAAGAACCCUGGCGUUAUUUUAGUUGCUUUGCUUCAAUAUACGGCUGGUACCAAGCCUAACUUGUUUACUUGACAGCCAAUCACGGCUCGCCAUUUAGCGUCCAUUGUCUGGUUUCGGUCCUAUUAUAUAUUGUUUUGCUCUAGCGUUUUAGUCAUUCAUGCGAUUUUACUCUGAUGAGUACAUGUCAAAAAGCUUCAGUAUGUCCGUUUUUAAGGCUAUUUUACAGUCUUUGUUCUAAAGUGAAAUGUGGGUUUACUUAUCAGAAUGGGACAUUUUAUACAUUUAUACAGGUGCAACUAUCAAACAGAUGUGAUGUUGCCAAAGCAGUAUAUUUGUAGCAUCCAACUUCUAUGUGCACUUUAUUAGCUGACGUUAGGAUUAACAUAUAUAUUCUUUGAGCUAUGUAUAAGUUUCUGUGCUUGAUAAUCUGGUAUAUAAAAUAUUUAAUUUACUGUAUGGUGAAAUUGCAGCCAGACCCUUUGGUUAUGAUUAUCACCAUGCGAACUCUCAUAAGAUUGUUUUAACCCUACAGAUUGUGUCAUUUAAAGGAAAUUAAAGUGCAGUUUUAUGUUUUUACUUCUUUUAUUUGUAAUUAUUUAACUGAUAUAUAUAUCUAUUUUUCGAUUGACAAUAAUUGGUAUUUAUCUUCGAAUAUGCCUCAUAGGGAAUAAAAGCAGUUUUUAUAUAUAUG